UAGUGGUAGUGGCAGUGAUAGUGGCAGUAGUAAUAAUAGUGGCAGUGGCAGCGGCAGUCCGGCACAGCACGGCACAGUACGGCACAGUACGGCACAGUACGGCACAGUACGGCACAGUACGGCACAGUACGGCACAGUAUGGCACAGUACGGCACAGUACGGCAGUAGCAGUAGCAGUGGUAGUGGCAGUGGCAAUGGCAGUGGCAGUAGCGGUAGCGGUAGUUGUAGUGGUAGUGGUAGUGGUAGUGGUGGUGGUAGUAGUAGUAGUAGUAGAUUUUAUUUAUCACCUAUUGACAGAUAA